AUGGCUUCUGUGCAGGUUGUCAACGUCCCCCUCCCCUCUCUGCCUUCGGGCUGGAGUGCCGACAAGGAUUUCAAGCCCAUCGGUGCCCUCUCGGCUGCUACCCAGCGCAACAUUGAGCCCGUGGGCCCGCACUUCCUCGCCCACGCUCGCCGAAAGCGCCACGCCCGUACUUUCUCCGAGGAUGAGCGCAUUCAGGCUCAGCAGAACGUCAAGAAGACCGAGGAGGAGGAGGAUGAUGAUAUCUCCGAGGAUGAGGACCCCGUGAUGCUCACCCGUGACGCGAAGGACUGGAAGGCCCAGGACCACUACGCCGUUCUCGGCCUGACCAAGUACCGCUGGCGCGCUACCCCCGAGCAGAUCAAGCGUGCCCACCGUAAGAAGGUCCUCCGCCACCACCCCGACAAGAAGGCCGCCAUGGGCCAGCGUGACGAGAACGACAACUUCUUCAAGUGCAUCCAGAAGGCCACCGAGCUGCUCCUAGACCCUGUCCGCCGCCGCCAAUUCGACUCCGUCGACGAGGCCGCCGACGUCGAGCCGCCCAGCAAGAAAGACCUCCAGAAGGGCAACUUCUACAAGUUGUGGGGUCCUGUCUUCAAGGCCGAGGGCCGCUUCUCCAUCAAGCAGCCCGUGCCGCAGCUCGGCAACGAGGACUCCACGCAGGAGGAGGUCGAGACCUUCUACAACUUCUGGUACAACUUCGACAGCUGGCGCACGUUCGAGUACUUGGACGAGGAUAUUCCCGAUGACGGCGAGGGCCGUGACCAGAAGCGCCACACUGAGAAGAAAAACGCCAACGCCCGCCGCAAGCGCAAGUCCGAGGACAUCGCCCGUCUGCGUGAAUUGGUCGAUGAGUGUCUCGCUCUCGACGAGCGCAUCAAGAAGUUCCGCCAGCAGGCCCGUGCCGGAAAGGACGCUAAGCGCAAGGCGAAGGAGGACGAGGCUAAGCGUCUGGCUGAGGAGAAGGAGCGUGCUAAGGUUGAGGAGGAACAGCGCAAGAAGGAGGCUGAGGAGACUGCCAAGGCCGAGCGCGAGAAGAAUAAGAAGUCCAAGGAGGCUGCCAAGAAUGCCGCCAAGAAGAACAAGCGUGUUCUGAAGGGCUCCGUGAAGGAUGUCAACUACUUCGCUGACGGCGAGGCCUCCGCCGCGCAGGUCGACUCUGUCCUGACCGAUGUUGACCUCGUCAUGGCUAAGAUCGACACCGAUGAGCUUGCUGCUCUGGCUGAGCGUCUGACGAUCGCUGGCAAGGACAGCGGUGCUGUUAAGGCUGCUUGGGCUGCCGAGUCCAAGCGUCUGGUUGAUGCUGGCAAGCUGAAGGACGGCGAUGUCAAGACUUUCGCUUGA